AUGGCCGGCAAGCUCUUCCAACCUCUUCAAAUCGGCAAGGCCAAGUUGUCGAACCGCCUGGCUAUGGCUCCUUUGACCCGUUUCCGCGCCGACGAUGAUCACGUUCAACUUCCCUUCGUCAAGGAGUACUACUCUCAGCGUGCUUGCGUUCCUGGAACUUUCUUGAUCACUGAAGCCACUCCCAUCUCCGCUCGCGCUGGUGGCUACAACAACGUUCCUGGAAUCUACACCGACGCUCAGAUCAAGGCUUGGAAGGAGAUCGUUGAUGCUGUCCACGCCAAGGGUGGUAUCAUUUACAUGCAGCUGUGGGCCCUCGGCCGUGCUGCUGACCCUAGCGUUCUCAAGAAGGAUGGCUACGACUUCUGCUCUUCCUCUGACCUUCCCAUGAGCGACAACUCGCCCAAGCCCCGCCCUCUUACCGAGGAGGAGAUUCAGAUCUUCAUCAAGGACUACGCCAACGCCGCAAAGAACGCCGUUGAGGGUGCAGGGUUCGACGGAGUUGAGAUUCACGGCGCAAACGGCUACCUGAUCGACCAGUUCACCCAGGAUGUCUGCAACAAGCGUACCGACAAGUGGGGUGGCAGCAUCGAGAACCGCACUCGCUUCGCUCUCGAGGUCACUAAGGCUGUUGUUGAUGCCAUUGGUGCCGACAAGACUGGUAUCAGACUGUCUCCCUGGUCUCCUUUCCAGAGUAUGAAGAUGGACGACCCCGUCCCUACCUUCACCUACCUCAUCAACGGCCUCAAGGAGCACAAGCUCGCAUACGUCCACCUGGUCGAGUCCAGAAUUCAGGGCAACGCUGAUGUCGAGUCAACUGAGAAGAUCAACUUCGCCAUCGACGCCUGGGGCAACACCUCUCCCAUCCUCAUUGCUGGCGGCUUCCGCGCUGACAGUGCCCGUCGCGCUGCUGAGGAGGAAUACGCCGACAAGGAUGUUGUCAUUGUCUUUGGCAGAUACUUCAUCUCCACUCCCGACCUUGUCUACCGCAUCAAGGAGGACAUUCCGCUUGCCGACUACGACCGUGACACCUUUUACGCUGCCAAGAGCGAGAAGGGUUACACCGACUACCCUUUCAGCGAGCAGUUCCAGAAGGAGUCCAAGCUCUAA